UGUACGCCUAGUUUUAAUGUGGAUAUGCUGUAUUUUAAGCCUAUUGAUGAUAUAGGCUUAAGUGUGUAAGAACUGCCAUUGUCAAACGGGUAGGCUAUACACUGAUUUAAAUUUGUGCAUUCAUGAUUUUGUCUGUUACGCAGAAUUAGGCAUAUCAACCGAAUACAAUCAUUAGUUCACACAGUUCCUUUCACAUUAACCUAUUGUUGUUAUAAUAAGAUGUUUUUAUGCAUGUCUUUAACUCCAAAUCUUUUUCUGCCAUCUUCACGACUUGUGAAACUCAUUGGCAGUGCUCGUCCAAUCAGCGCAGUCUGAUUUUAGCACUAGCCUCGUGCACAUAUCAGUCCUCUCCUGGUUCCAGAAUGUUGACGCACAUUUCUCCUCACAUUAUCCUAACGUGCACGCCGCUCCGUGGAUAAAUCGUCACCUCACUAACUCUAAGGAUUUCUAUACCUGAAGUGUGGAAGAUGUUUUCGUCGGGUCCCACCGGUAGGUCUCUGUAUCAGAAUUCCGAGCUUGUGUUCCCUGAGACGGUCAACCACCCGGGGCUGACCAUAAACCCCCACCAGCUAGGAGGGAGCCACUUACAACACUCUCACCCCACACACUUCUUUGGGACGCAACACCGGGAUCACCUGAACUUCUACCCUUGGGUUUUACGGAACAGGUUCUUCGGACACAGAUUUCAAGGAAACGAUGUUUCCCAAGACAGCCUGCUCCUCCACGGCCCCUUCGCCCGUAAACCCAAGCGGAUCCGUACCGCAUUCUCGCCGUCGCAGCUCCUUCGGCUAGAGCGGGCGUUCGAGAAGAAUCAUUACGUGGUGGGAGCCGAAAGAAAACAGCUGUCCAGCAGUCUCAGCCUGUCGGAGACACAGGUGAAGGUGUGGUUCCAGAACAGGAGGACCAAGUACAAGAGGCAGAAGCUGGAGGAGGAGGGGCCUGACGGUCAACAGAGGAAGAAGGGGAACCACCACAUAAAUCGGUGGAGAUUGGCCACUAAGCAGGCCAGCUCCGAGGACAUCGAUGUGACCUCUGAGGACUGACCCUGCCCCCGCCCCCUUCACCUUCAGGCUCCACACCUCAACUGAACUGAGACCUCAAUCUUGGCCUUCCCCCGUAUUGUCUCUUCCUGCCCCCUAAAUCCUGGCCUCUUUUCCCUUUUGGAACACAAAACGACCAACGUCACCUCCUAUUUAUUAUGUACAUUUAUGAAGUAUUAUUACGUACAUGUCAGAAGAACAUAACUUGUCUAAAGGACUAUUAGUGAAAAUGUGGUUGAUGGUGGGUGAUGUAGAGACAUGAACAUAAUGAACUCUAAGCCACUUGACUUACAUCGAUCUUUCACCCUCUUGCUUCUUAAAGUCUCUCAUAUCAAACCUAUACCAUCCUGCAUCAUAUAACCUCUUAUAUCUGACCUACACCAUCCUGCUUCAUACAGCUUCUCAUGUUUGAUCUACACCAUCAUCCUGCUUCAUACUGUCUCUUAUAUCUGACCUACAUCACCCUGCUUCAUACAGCUUCUCAUGUUUGAUCUACACCAUCAUCCUGCUUCCUACAGCCUCUUAUAUCUGACCUACAUCAUCCAACUUCAUACAGUUUUGCAUGUUUGAUCUACACCAUCAUCCUGCUUCAUAUAACCUCUUAUAUCUGACCUACAUCAUCCUACUUCAUACAGCUUUGCAUGUUUGAUCUACACCUUCAUCCUGCUUCAAAUAACCUCUUAUAUCUUACCUAUAUCAUCCUACUACAUACAGCUUUGCAUGUUUGAUCGACACCAUCAUCCUGCUUCAUAUAGCCUCUUAUAUCUGACCUAUAUCAUUGUCCUGCUUCAUGUUGCUUCUCAUGUUUAGCCUACACCAUCAUCCUUCAAACAGCCUCUACAAAGAAAAACCUCCUGGCGUAUCCUUUGCAGUAAAACUGUGCCGGAACCUGGUUAAAUUCUUCAAGGAAACCUUUUAGAACUAAUUUGUAUUGUUCCUUAAAAAAACAUUUGAAGAACACCCCCC